UCGAUCAUCGAACUUCUUUUAUCGAUCCUUUAAAUUUUGAUUGUUGGCCAUCGCAUCGGAGCCAUGGAGCUUCCAUCAAACGGAGGGGAAGAUGCGAGCGUCAGACUGGAAAUCGACAACGCCGGAGGCCGGCAGACGCUGCCUCCGGCGCAGAGCUCCUUCUCCCAUCCCCAUCCUGAAGUUUUCCGCCCGCUGACGCCGGCUCCGCCCGGCGGCGGAGGCGGCGGCGGCGCGGCCGAUAAGGCUCCGGAGAGGAAGCUCAUCCUCUUCGCCUUCCACCUCGCGAUGCUGGAGAAGUUCGCCAACGUGAUCGGCACGCUCGCCUUCGUCUGGGCCACCGUCGUCAUCCUCGGCGGCUUCGCCAUCACGCUCGAUCGCAAGGACUUCUUCUUCGUCACGGCCAUCAUCGUCGUCGAGUCCUUCCGCGUGUUCAGCCGCAACAACGAGCUGGAGUGGCAUAACCAGUCGGCGUGGGAGAUGGCCGCCGCCGCCACCGAGUGGUCCAGCUUCCGGUCCUUCCGCGGCGUCCGGUUCUCCUCCUUCGGGUUAUUCCAAUUCAUCUUCCGGUUCUUGUUCGACCCCUCCAAACUCACAAUUGAAGGAGGAAAUGCCGUCCCCGUCGAAGACCGGUCCAUGUGGGAGGUGGUUCCCGCGGCCGUCUGCUGGUCCGUCCUCCGCACCAUCAAGUUCAAUUCCCAGUUUUCCUUCCUCUCCUUGGAUAUCACGCUCCGCCGCCACGGCCGCGGCUCCGUCCCCCAAAUUAACCAGGCCGAGGCCGACAGAGAAGGGGACCGGAACUGCCCCAGUACUGAAGACCAAAGACGCGUCAUGACCGUCAGCGUCAACUCCGACUGGUUUCUCUUGUGGCAACUUCCCGACGUUCCUCUGUUUGCCUACCCCGGUUUGAUCUUAGUCCUCAAGAAAAUCCGCCCGCUUCUCUUGGAGCUCCAAAUCGCGUUGUCCGCCUACGGCAUGGUCCUUUCCAUAACGCGCCUGGUUCAGCAUGGCCACGGCGAGGUCGCCUCCGAGAUCAGUAUCCGGAAUUGGGCGCUCAUCAUUUUCUACUUCCUCGCGCUCGCCGAAGCCAUGAUUAUUUUAAUCCGGAAGGUCUACUGGUGGUGGAAAUUCUACUGCUGCUACCUCUUCCAGGUCGUGAACCGCGCUUGCUUCCCCGGGAGCACCGGCGGCGUCGACGUCGCCGUGACGUGCUUCUUCUGCAACACCUACUCCAAGUUGAUCACCUGCGGCUUCGUCGACGGGCUAAAGAUGGACCUCGUGAGCUUCGCCACGGAGCUCUUGGCAUCGAACUUGCGCAUCGAGCAGCUCAUCGGCGCGCGGGUGCUGCGGAGCUUCUCCCGGAGUAAAGAUUUUGGAUCCGAUACGCUCCGCAAGAUCGGCACCUCGAAUGCCGUCCUUGAGCGGCUCGUCGAGAUGCUGAGCUGGACGAACCCGCACCUGGAGGAGGAGGAGCUCCGCCGCUGCGCGGCAAAAAUCCUGAAGAAGCUCGCCGGGAAGAGGCAAUACGUGCUCCGCGUCGGCGCCGUGCCCACCUCGAUCGACGCGAUAUCGUCGUUGCUCGAAAAGCCGGCGCCGGAGGCCGACGGCGACAAUGGCAACUACGAUUUCUUGGCGUUCAAUCUCCUGGGGUUGUCCCUUCUCAAAAAGCUCGCCGCCAACCACGACAACUGCUGGAAGAUCGGCAACUCGUCCUUGGUCUUGUCCAAGAUCAUCGACUUCACCGGGGCGAGCAGGGCCCUUCUGGCCGACAAAAAGGCGUCGAAGUUGCAGAUCAAGACGGUGAAGCGGGCGCUGGAGCUGGUAAAGAUGCUCGCCGCCGCCACCGGCAGCACCGGCAAGAUGCUCCGGAUUAAUCUAUCCGUGAUGAUCUUCACGGUGAGCAACGUGAGGGAGAUCAUCCGCUAUGGGGAGCUCCACAAACUGCAGACUCCGGCGAUAGAGAUACUGAAGAGCCUCGCCAUGAACCGCUACUCCAAGGAACAAAUCGGCGGAACCGGACAAGUAACGAGCCUUCUCCUCGCCAUCUUCUUGAAGCCAUCAGUCACAAACGAGGAGAUGUCCUUGAGGAAUCAAGCAGGAGAGACGCUGUCGAUCCUGGCGCUGGAAAACCAGAAGAAUUGCAAUCGGAUCGCCGACGAACCAGAGGCGUUGAGCCGACUUAUAAAAGCGCUCGACGACGGCAGCGAGAUCCAACUCCAGGCGUCCAGGAUUCUGCGCAAUCUAUGCGCCUACGGCGGACCCGGAACUGGCUUCCGGCAACACCCCCGGCCACUCAUCGCCGCUUUGCCCACCGUACUGAAAGCGAUCAUUGAGAACGAGGGCAAAUUGCUGGAGGCAUCUCUCGGUCUCGCAACGCAGAUCUGCGAACUGACGACCACUCCCGGCGAAUUCUCCGACGCGCUCAGGCGAGCGGGCGUUGAGGAAGCCGAGCUGGCGGAGAAGCUGGCGGCGAUACUGCAGGAAUACGCCAGUCCCGGGAUCAAGGUUCCGAGAAUGAGGAGGUUCGUGAUCAAUCUGGUCAUUUGGAUGAUCAAGUCGAACGAGAGCAGCAUCGAUCAGUUCAAGGAGCUGGGGAUGGAGAGGCUGUUGGAGUCGGUAGCGGAGACGACGUCAGAGCUCGAGUGCUUCCAUAUCUUCUCCGGCAGCAUCGGCUUCGUCCGGCAAAGCAAGACCAUGUUAUCUCAUGUAGAGGAGGCACUGAAGAUCAUGAGAUCGUUCGGUAUAGUAGCUGAAAGCAAAGAAGGCGAGACUAGCACAUGAAUACCAUAAUAAAUAUUCGAAAUGUAUGAAUCUUAUUCAUGUACGGUUGGUAUAUCUAGUACAUGAGGUGUUAUUAUUAUGAUUUAGAUUAAAUCUUAACAAAAAUAAGAUAAAUAUUUUUUUUUAUGUAUUAAUCAUUAUUCCAAAGACUAGUAAUCGUAUGUUAUAUUUA